AUUUCUCACGUGACCUCUGUGUCACCCCUACAUUCAGUUAAGUUAUCUUCCUUUGCGUAACUUUGUUAUGUUUGUAAAGUUUUAAGUAUUGCAAAAGAUAAAAUUCAUCAGAUUAGAUAAUGGUUUAUUAAGGGCUGUAAACAUUGAUUCGAUGUUCUGUUGGGUAUGAAUUCUAAAUUUAGUUUCACAUCAAAGGACCAGUUUAUAAGUUGAACAUGGAAAUAUUCCAGAAAUAAGACCCUAGAAUGGUACGAAUUUAAUGAAACAAUCACCCUCAUUUAAGUGCAAGCCACGGUCAGCACGAACGAACAGCCAUACUUAGAUCAGCUGGAAACUACACAACAACAGUCGCAGACAUCCAGCUAAGUUAUAAGAAAAAAAAAAAGUUGUCUACUUGAAAAUUAAACAAACGCUAGUUCGUUCUGCCGUGGUAAAUUAUUUGAUGUCGCCGUGGCUUCUCGAACUACCAAGCAUGUGAAUUCAGCAGGAAUUAAUUAAAUGUGAAACCGUAAAGUGAAAUGAUUCGUAGCUAUUCGCAGCGAACUGAUGCCGUUGUAGCCUAAGCAAUCUACUAAGUUUUCGCACAAGAUCAAGGUCGCUGUGGUUUCGCGAGCUGUUCUCCGUGUCUUUUAUGUCCUGAAAGUUAAACAUGUAAAUAUCAAGCAAUCAUGGAUGAUGCUACUCUGCAGCGGGUUUGUGGCCUGGCUGCGGCUUUUCGUCAGUCUGCUCAUCUUUUGUUGGAUCACCACCACAAGUUGUCACUCGACACAUGGACAUUAUGUGAAAUUCAGGAGGCCUUCAGUUUGAUACUAGAAAUAGAACAACACACUAAUUUUCACGUGCUGCCUCCCAAUCAUCGUCAGCAUCCUGCCAUUCCCCAGCUUCAGUUUAUUUAUGACCUUUUGCAGAAGGUUACUGGUUUAAGACUGUGGGCAAGACAAGGACAUAGCCUUCCAGCAAAUGAAACUACAAGCCUUCGUUGUUUUCGUAGUUUGCAAGCACUUGAGUUAGAUCAUGUAUCAAUUACGACACUCAAGGCUCUACAGACUUUGCGGCCGACUCUCAAGUCCAUAUCAUCUGUCAAGGGGCUUAACAGGCUGAGUGAUCUCUUCAUUCGAUGUGGUGCUGACAAGGCUGGUGAGUUCAUUUGGGAACAGUUGCAAGAAGCUGUUCUGGCUCACAAUUCUCUUGGUGCUCUGGAUCAUAGUUUGAGUCUCCUGCCUAAACUGAAGAUAUUAGAUCUGAGUCACUGUGAGCUAGAAGAUGCAUCUGCCUUAGAAUGCUUGCCCUCUGUGACUCACGUUGAUAUCAGCCACAAUCUAUUGCGCCUUAUUCCAAAAUUUUCCAAUACUGCUCAGUACUCACUUCUUGUGUUGGUAGCCAGUAAUAAUCUUUUCUCGCAUAUAGAAGGUUUGCAGAAUACCAACAACCUAGAGGAACUAGACUUGCGAGAAAAUGUCCUCUCAUUGCAAGGUGUACUGUCACCGCUUGGUGCCUUACCUCAUUUACGGGUACUUAGACUGGAUGGUAAUCCUGUUACGUUUAAUCAGAAUUACCGAAUGCAUUUGAUCAAACAGCUCAAUCCUGCAACUUCUAAUCAUAAGAUAUGUGUUGAUGGAGUACCAAUUACCACACAAGAAGAAGACAUAGUAGGCCUAAUGUCAACGUCAGGAUCCUCCAGCUAUUCUCCAGAGCUCUUAUCAUCACUGUCUUCAUUCUCUCCUUUCUGCUCUCCUGUUAACUUCUUGACUGUACCAGAUAUUCCUUCCCAGCCUCUUAUUGAUCCUAGUCAAGAAGAUUCUAUGCAAGACCUGAAUAUUCCAUCACAACCACCCAGCUUAAGCCAGGAGCCUCUGUCUUCAUCAGUAAAAAGUACUGCAAAUGGACAGCAGCGCCGAAAAUUACGCAAGAGGAGAACCAGACAGAUUGCCAUUGCUGAGCCUGACAAGGAUUUCAAAGAAGAAGAACCUGUCCCUGAUCCAACUACUAGAAAUGCCUUAUCAAAUUCCUUGUCUUUGAUGGAUGGUGUGCCUAACCCACCACCACCAAGUUUAGCAACCGGGUCACUUUUUCUGCCCCUGAAUACUGACACGGUUGCUCAGGCCAUCACAACUCUCACGUGCCAAGACGAAAUUAGUACUAAUGUACCUGAGCAAUCAGACAGAUUGUUAGAAAGAAUUCUCCAAGAAACAACAGAGCCUCCUAUCUCAUGCACAGAUAAUCUAGUCACUAGCAAACCAGAUGAAGUGGUUGUGUCUGGUACUCCAACAGAAACUGAUAAAGACAAGGGCACUGAAGAUAGUUGUCAGUCCAUUAGUGAUGAUAUUGAUAAAAGUUUGGAAGAGAGUCGAGAUUCCAGUAUCUUUGAUGAUAAUUCAAAGGGAUAUUCUGGUCACACUUCAGACAUUACUCCAUCGGAAAGUGAAAGUGAAGAUGAGAAAGAGGAUGUACAUCUCUUCUUAGUGAAGAAAGAAACUAUCAAGACUGUAAGACAUGCUUCUGUUCUAGAGGAUGAGGUUCUGAACAUUGAGGAGAAUAUAGUUGAACAAGAUAUUAUAUUGGCUAUUACUCCUUUAUUCUUUAAGGAGAAAAAUGGCUUAACAGCAAGGACAAUUUACAAGUGGGAUUUGUGUAGUGUUGAGAGCAUGGAACUUCUCUGUGUAUCACCUCACAAAGUAUUGAUUACUUUUGACACUAUAAAAAGUACUUAUAAGAAGAGGACUUAUAUAUUUGAAUCUUCAGAUUAUCAGGAUUUUUCUUCAGUUUUGUCUCCAAUUUUAGAGAAGAAUACACUUGAAAAGGUGUUAGAUUCUGCCAUGACCUGCCUUAAAUGCAAUACUCAGUUUUCCCGGGAACUAGCUAAACAGCAUGAUGACUCCAAUCUGCUCAGAUGCCCAAACUGCGGUGGUGGAGUUGUUGUACGUGUUGACAGAGUAGACCAUCCUGCUGUUGCUGUGGCAAGUUUUGAUGAAAAUGCCCCUCGAAGCAGCACUCCUCUGUCACAGGCUUUGACUCAGGCGCCGUGUCUUCCAUCGUCAGAUAUUCCAACAUGCCCAGGUGAAUCUAGUGAAAGUGUUAGCGUUUGCAGUGAAGCAUCUUCCUGUGUGCGUCGUGAGUCAGAUGUAGAGGUCAUUUCAAAUCCGUCCAUUUCUAGUAUAGAAAUCCUCAAUGAUCAACAGCUCAUUCAUGAUGUUAUUCCAGAAGAGGAAAUUGAUGAACAGAAGCCUCCACCUUCUGCAGCAGUCAAUAGUGAUGCCAGGACUCCUGCUAACUCUCCAAGUACCUUCCACAAGCCAGAAUCUUGCACUGGCAUGCAAGAAAGUAGCUCAUCAGGUUCCAUGACAGGGAGUGUGUGUACAACCUACGAAAAGUCAGGCUCCUUGCCCACUUCCCCUCUCAAGAAUUCCAUUCAUCACCACUCUCAAACAGACUUAGUGGAUUCCAAGAACCUCAGUUUGGACAGUCACAAUGAGACAUCUGGACUCCUGUUUAAGACAGCCGAGUCUUCAAUGCUGUCAACAGCAGUGUACGGCACCCCACCUCACUCAACUGGCAGCUCUCCUCGACUUUUUAGCUCCAGUUCAACCAGCAUAGACACUAUAAAGAAUGAUUGCUUGAUACCUUCAUUACAUCAUAAAGCAGUGAUGACAAGCCCAGUAGACGACAAAGAAAGUGAAGUAGUUGCACAACGCUCACUCACAUCAUGGGUUCAGUCAUUACUACAUACACUUACUGGAUACGGUUGGCUUUGGUGGGAAGAGGUUGAAGAUGUAGAAGGAAUUCCCAGAAUUGCCAAUCCUGUUCGUUAUUCAUAUGAAGAUUUUUCAGACAUAGAUCAUCGUCUUAAACUUCAUUGCGAAGUCUUGCUUUUUCAUGAGCCUGAAGAAUUCAUUUUAGGUCUUGUUAAGGCUGUACUGCUUGUUAAAGGAGGUUUAAGAGAGUAUCAGGGUAUUGUUGUUUUGUCAAGCAGGAAAAUAUAUAUACUAGAAAUAGUAGGACCGGAGGAUGAUAGCCCUCAAACAUGGUUAGAGGAAAGAUUAUCUCAUAAUGUGUCAGAGGUACGUGUCAUCCAUAGCCUAUAUCAGCGACAAGGAGUAGGACUAACUCUUGGAGACAGUAUGGUAUUGAUUUCUUUAGCUGAUUCUCACCGGGCUAAUUGUUUCUUCAACUUCUUUUUAGAAUCUUUGGAGGAAUAUGGGGUAAACCCAAGCAUUGAGGAGUGCAGCAGCCCUGCCCAAGAGGAGUCUCUGACCGAGAUGAUAAAAGAAACUCAGAUAUCAGUUGGAGAGGAAACUAGUCUCUCCAUGUUUGCUAUUGUUUCCCUCUUGCUAGAUGGAGGAUGCAGUGAAAGCCAGUUUUUAACAAUGACUGCCACAGAUCUUUUCCUCUUCCAUGCUAACUUGGAGUGGUAUAUGCCUCCCUCUCCUGACUCAAAGCUCAAGCUUAAUAUUACACAGAAAAUUGCUAACAUAAUUUCCAUUGAGGUUCAUAGUGACAGGCAUUUAGCACUCCAGUUCCUGGACGAAGCAACAGGGGCAGAAAGUGCUUGGGAACUCCAUGUCACCACCCCAGUUGCAGCUUGUCAUAUUAUACAAGCCAUACGCACCCCUUGGACUCAUCUCUUCAGUGUGGACCUUGAGGACUUCAUCGGAGUGUAUCGCACAAGGGAAGGAGAUGUUCUCAGUAUGACACGUACGUCACUUGAUGAAGGUACUCCUCAGGAGAAGAAAGACAGCCAGUCAUGGUGUCAGGUUUCUGCUGUUUAUGGAAAGCUUAAAUUUGAUCCUAAGUAUCCUAUACUUGGUUAUAGUGAUGAUUCUGUGCCAACUACACCAAAGAAAGGCUCCCAAGAGGAGCUUGUGUGUGGAGAAAAAAUUAAAACAGAACUGAAUUAUGAAAGUGUUGACGCUGCUGUUUACAGUGAAGAGCAGAACACCAGUAUUGUUUGUAAGACACUGGAAAUAAAAAGUGAUGAUUCAAAUGAUGAUGUGCUAGAUAACACCCCAAAUGAGAGAAGUGGCCAUUGUCCCCCUGUGUUUCAAGAAGAGGAGGGAAAGACAAGUAUAACUUUUGGAUGUGACUAGGAAAUUUUGAAUGUUAGCUACAAUCAGACAAGGCUGUGAAUGUUGCUAAAUCUAUAUUAGGAAAUGUGAAUUCUAUAACAAUGUAAAUUUAUUUUUCUAAUCUUGUUAUUUUGUCCUCAGAGGUAGAGUAUUGAAUAUGAAUGAAUUAAUAUCCUUAAAGCAAUCGAGGAAUGUUGAAAUAAUGGAUUAAAGCCAGUCAUUGCUGUUUGAAAAUUGUGCCAUUUAAGGGAGAGUAUAAUGUAUUUUUACUGGUAUAUAUAGUGGUAAAAAAUGUUCACACCACCUGGAAAGUGUGUUCAUGAUAAACAUAAUCAUCAUAUUUUUAGCAUUGGACAACAGGCAGUACAUUAUGUGGAUAUCCUAUUUACUCCAAUCUCAUGUACUUUCUUAAGAUGUAGCAACUCAAUACUAUAAAGCAGCUGUGCAUGGACUAUCUUAAAAACAAACACUGAGACUUCAUAAUCUGGUGUUCAGAGCUUUACAACUUCCUUAGAAUAUUUUUAAUUCUAAUCUAGGCUAUUGGUGUCUAGGUCUUGAUUUUUGUUCCAACAUGGAAGUCUGUUCCAUUAUUUGUUUUUCUUCUAACUUUCCUCCCCUUUAGCUUGAAGCUCUGAUGAAAUUACAAGCUGAAGAAUGAUUGGUGUGGGGAGCUUAGAAUCUUAAAUCCUCCUCAGUAAUAAUUAUCUGUAAGGGUUUUUUUGAGUAUGGUGUCAGAUGUGCUUUAGUUUUGAUUACAAGUUGUUUCAUGCAUUCCAUUUGGUCAUGUGGGUAAUUUGGUUCCUGUAGGAGUUGAUGUUGGUAUUUAAUUUUAGUCUUAAUAGUUUUAUUGCUCAAUGACAGGCAGCUUUUUUAAAAUUUAAUUUUGUUCAAUAUCAAUUGCCCGAAAAUUAAUGUGUCCACUAGUGAUCUGCUCUGAGUCUUUUAAGGUUUAUCUAAGAAACAAGACAAACCAGAGGAAGUUAGAAAUGUUUAAAGGAGGAAUAGUGAAUAGGGAAGGAGCAGACUGAAAAGCGCUAUAAGAAAACGAAUAAUAAAUAGACUUGAAAUGACUAGAAAGAGGUAAAGGAAGGAUUCCAGUUGGGAAAGAGGAUGCAGUGGAUAAGUUAUUGGGGUUAAAUGUAUACCCGUCAUCUAUGCGACCAUCCUGUUGUCUAUGCAGUCAUCUGGUCGCAUAACCGGCUUCCAGCUUCUAUCAAGUGAUGUAAAUUUCAGCGUGCUGAGGGGACUGUAUUUGAUCAGAGGGUAAUUAAUUUUGUGUUUCAAGUUUGACACUUGUAUAAAGCAAACCCUUUUAGAGCUCAAGAUCCAUAACAUUAGAGGUGGGGCAUAAAAAGAGGUUUUUAUUUCUUCUUCAGUCAUGUCCUUGUUAUUCUAUCUAUUUAUUUUAUCUUCUAGUCAGAUGUGUGUUGUGUUGCAUGCUUAGGGAAGUUGUGAGACCAGAGUAAAUUGUUUUUGUUAAAAAUAUUUAGGUAAUAAAGUCAUUAAAAGAGUUUUGGAUCCAGUGCUAUUGUAAUUAUAUUUGAAGUGGAUAGUUUUAUAAUUACUGCCAUGUACAUUUUGGGGGGAGAGAAGUUUGUAAAUUAGAUGUUACGUUUUAACUUAGCUUUUGUACUCGCCCUAAUUUUAAAAUUUUGACAGUGGUUCCAUUAUUAUAGUUGACUGUUUUAUAUUAGUACCUUGAAAAGUGCUUCCUUCUGUUUUCUGUAUAGUAUAUUUAGUAUAGUAUAACUAUUAAUGGUGCAGAUUAUUUUAUAUAUUGGUGUGAGGUGUAACAGCAAUUUCUGUAAGAGGCAGCUCUUUAUUUUUGUUUUUUUAUGCUAUAUCUAUCCUCAGGGUAACAGAAACACUAAGGUUGAAUACUCAUCAGGUUUUAUAUUUUAUUUUACUGGUUUUAUAUCUACAACUGCAGUAGACUAACACAAAUUUCAGACAAGAUUGAAUGAUAGUUCUUUGACAGUAAUAAACAAAUCUCAAAUCUGAUUUGUAAAUGUAAAUUUCUGUCAGGCUGUUGUAUGACAACAAUUACUAAAGAAAAUAGAAAUGUCAGCAUA